AUAUCCCAGCGUCGGCGUGGGCGGAGGAUCCGGUUACAGCACUUUGCUCCCAUCAGCCACCCCGCCGAUGAUCAAAGCUGAAGUUGAGGACCGCGGGACAGUCGAUCGGCCGGACGGGUUUUUCCACGUGGAUGACACCUUGUUCUGUGGCUGCAGAGGAGAUAAUACAGGAGAAGGUUACACGGCGUGA